CAGAGAAAGGAGGCAGCCGAGUGGAUCACACACAUUCACUAUUCCACUCGGACAGCCUUCAACACAACACGCAGAAGAAAGCGCGCGGGGUUGUGUUUUUUUCCCUCUCCCUUGUAUGAACACAAACGGAGGAUUUAAAGAUGUGGACAGAAGUCGGCAAGCUCGUCCUGGUUCAUUUACUGCUCAUGGAGCUGCAUUACGCGAAAGGGACUCAUACAGAAUCGGAGUGCGAAACCGGGCAGUUUAAGUGCAACAAUGGGAGGUGCAUCCCAAUCCCGUGGAGAUGUGACGAUGAUGACGAUUGCUCGGAUAACAGCGACGAGGAGAAUUGUCCCAAGAAGACAUGUGCAACCACAGACUUUGCCUGCAAAAAUGGACAGUGUGUUCCCGCUAGGUGGCGCUGCGAUGGAGAACAGGAGUGUGCAGAUGGUUCUGAUGAGGCUGACGCAAUCUGCAGCCGACAGACCUGUCCACCGGAGAAGUUUGAAUGUGGAGGGACUGCCAGCAAGUGUGUCUCGUUGUCAUGGCGAUGCGAUGGAGAAAUAGACUGCGAGAAUGGGGCCGAUGAAGAGCACUGUGCCGCAGAUGCCAAAGCCUGUCCCUCCAAGGAUUUCCAAUGCCAUAACGGAAAGUGCAUAGCGCCGAUCUUCGUCUGCGAUGGCGACGACGACUGCGGAGACGGCAGUGAUGAAGAAAAGUGCUCGUUCCCCAGCUGCGACCAGCACGAAUUCCGCUGCAAUGACUCGGAAUGUAUCCCGGCACUGUGGAGCUGUGACGGGGACCCAGACUGCAAGGAUAAGUCGGACGAAUCCAUGGAGCGCUGCAGCAGGAGGACCGAACCCCAGAAACCUCGGUGCAUGGUGAACGAGUUCCAGUGCGGGAGCGGAGAGUGUGUCCGUAUCAACUGGAAAUGUGACGGAGACGCAGACUGCAAGGACAAAUCUGAUGAGUCAAACUGUCCCGUGCUCACAUGUCGACCUGAUGAGUUCCAGUGUGGCGAUGGUUCCUGUAUCCACGGCACCAAACAGUGUAAUAAAGUUCACGACUGUCCAGACUACAGUGAUGAAGCCGGCUGUGUCAACGUUACAAAGUGCGAGGGGCCAAGGCAGUUUCGCUGUAAGAACGGGGAGUGUAUCGACAGCAGCAAGGUGUGUAACAACGUAAAAGACUGCAAGGACUGGUCUGACGAACCCAUGAAGGAGUGCGGUCUGAACGAGUGUGCCGACAACAACGGUGGCUGCUCCCACAUCUGCAGGGACCAGAGAAUUGGUUUUGUUUGUGACUGUCCAUCCGGGUACAAACUUCUGGACAAAAAGACUUGUGGCGACAUCGAUGAAUGCGAGAACCCAGAAGCCUGCAGUCAAAUCUGCAUCAAUUACAAAGGGGAUUAUAAGUGUGAGUGCUAUGAAGGUUACGAGAUGGACCCUGCCUCCAAGACCUGCAAAGCUGUGGGAAAGAGUCCAUACUUAAUGUUCACCAACCGCCAUGAGAUCCGUCGCAUCGACCUGCUGAAGAGUGAAUACACACAAGUGGUUCCUACACUGAAGAACGCCGUGGCGCUGGAUGUGGACGUGGCCAUCAAUAAGAUGUUCUGGUGUGAUCUAUAUCAUCGGAAAAUAUACAGUGCGUACAUCAACAAAGCCAAUGACUCUUCGCAGCAGGUGACGCUGAUUGAAGCGCUCCACUCCCCCGAAGGGCUGGCUGUUGACUGGGUUCAUAAGAACAUCUACUGGACCGACUCGGGCAACAAGAGCAUAUCGGUGGCCACGGGAGAUGGCAGCAAGAGGAAGAUGCUCAUCGUCACAGAGCUGAGCGAGCCCAGGGCCAUCACAGUCGACCCACAUCAAGGAUUUUUGUAUUGGUCCGACUGGGGAGAUCAGGCCAAGAUUGAAAAAGCUGGGAUGAAUGGAGUGGAUCGACAGGUUCUGGUGUCUGAGCACAUCGAAUGGCCAAAUGGAAUAACCCUAGACUUGUCCAAUAGGCGUCUCUACUGGGUGGACUCCAAGCUGCACCUGCUGUCCAGUGUGGAUUUUAAUGGAGACAACCGCAGGGUUCUGCUGUCCUCCCAGCACCACUUGGGACACCCCUUUGCCCUCACAGUCUUUGAGGAUCGCAUAUACUGGACGGACCUGGAGGAUGAAGCAAUUUACAGUGCCAACCGCCUGACGGGGAAUGAUGUGGCGAAGGUCGCUGAGCACCUCAAUAACCCUCUGGACCUGGUGGUGUUCCAUGAACGCAGGCAGCCAAAGGCCCCUGACACCUGUAACACGGGCACUUUACCCAAUGGUGGCUGUGAGUACCUCUGUUUGAAGGCGCCUCAGAUCACAGACCACUCACCCAAAUACACCUGUGCCUGUCCUGAUGGCAUGGAGCUGGGACCUGAUAUGAGGCGCUGUGCCACAAUCCGCGCAAGAACAACCACAACAGCAGUUCCGACCACCACCACUACGACCGUUGCCACAACCGGCACUCCCAGCACAACAACAAAAACCACACCACUUCCCACCUUCGCUGUGCCAACAACAACAUCUACCACUACUGCUGCUGCUUCCACCACACUCACCACCACAACCGUGCAUCUGGAAUCAAGCGAACCCACUCAGAGCCCCAGGGCCACUUCCUCUGAGCCCCAUCAAACCCCUGCUUCCAUAAGUCCAAAGACGGCCAGUUUCAGCAGCACCAGUCAGACGUCGACGCCCACUAAAACGCCCUUACUGGGCCCAGUGGCUCCCAGCAGCAUUCAGCGGGAGAGCAACGCCAACCUCUCCCAUAGAGCUGCGAGUGAUCACUACCUCAUAGGCAACAACAUCACAGUCGCUGUCUUGGGGAUAGUCAUUCCUAUCGUCCCUAUCCUUGCCACAGUGGUCAUCGGGUUGCUCUGCACCGGCGCCUACCUGGUCUGGCGAAACUGGCGGCGCAAGAACACGAAGAGCAUGAACUUCGACAACCCCGUCUACCGCAAGACCACGGAGGACGACGACGACGAGAUCCACAUCGGCCGACACAGCGAGUCCGUCGGUCACGUCUACCCAGCACGUGUGGCACUCAGUCUGGAGGAUGAUGGUUAUCCCUGAAGAAGGGGUUCAUCCUCACCGUGACCCCCUCCUCCCUCCCCAUCCGCACCUCCACAAUGAGGCCUGGCUCAGCGCAGAGGAGACACUAUUGCCUCCUAAGGAGCAGGGAUGACACAUACAAGCCGUAAAUCUUACCUCUCACACUGUAGUAACAUUUGCUACUACCAGAAGGCGCUACUACUUCCUCUAAUCCUAGUGUAGUAGUCUGUGCUCCGCCCCUUCUUCUCUCUCGCUCUGUCCUCACAUUUGCGUUGAAUUUUGUCAAACUAACAUCAUUAUCAGAGAAAGUCAUCUUCGAUUAUUUUUAAUUCCUCAUUUUUUAUAUAUAUAUAUUUUUUUUUUAUUUUUUUUUUUUACAGUGGAACCUCUAUUUAUGAACUUCAUUGGUUUGUAAAUAGAAACGUUUGUAUAUUGAAGCAAAUUAGAAACAAUGUAAAAAUGAGGGUUACAGCCUGAACAAUAGUCCAUAUUUUAGUAUAUCAAACAAACAUAACAACAGGGUGAUGGAUCAACUUUCUAUUUAAAAACAACGCCAAAUUGACAACAAGCUGCUCAUUUUCAGCCGUCCUGCCGAAACGCACACACACACUGUCACUAGCCUUGUUGGAAAUCACAAAACUCCUUAACUUUAGCAGUCAAGUCGCUACAAUUAUUAGGGAAGAAGACUAAAAUCCACUUUCAAUCAAUCAAUCAAUCAAUCAAUCAAUGUUUAUUUAUAUAGCCCUAAAUCACAAGUGUCUCAAAGGGCUGCACAACGACAUCCUCGGUUCAGAUCCCACAUAAGGGCAAGGAAAAACUCACAACCCAGUGGGACGUCGAUGUGAAUGACUAUGAGAAACCUUGGAGAGGACCGCAGAUGUGGGUGACCCCCCGCCUUCUUAUAGGGAGACCGGAUGCAAUAGACGUCGAGUGGGUCUAGUAUAAUAUUGUGAAAGUCCAGUCCAUAGUGGAUCUAACAUAAUAGUGAGAGUCCAGUCCAUAGUGGGGCCAGCAGGAGACCAUCCCGAGCGGAGACGAGUCAGCAGCGCAGAGAUGUCCCCAACCGAUGCACAGGUGAGCGGUCCACCCCGGGUCCCGACUCUGGACAGCCAGCACUUCAUCCACGGCCACCGGACCUGUGCCGGAAACGGCAGAUCAACUGGUCUAAAAAGGGGGUCUAUUUAAAGGCUAGAGUAUACAAAUGAGUAUUAAGAUGGGACUUAAAUGCUUCUACUGAGGUAGCAUCUCUAACUGUUACAGGGAGGGCAUUCCAGAGUACUGGAGCCCGAAUAGAAAACGCUCUAUAGCCCGCAGACUUUUUUUGGGCUCUGGGAAUCACUAAUACUCACUUUACCUUGUGAGUAAAUAGUUUUGUUACGCAGCGGAAGGUCGGGGGAGAUUGGAGGAGGCAGUUUCAACAACGCUGUGGAUACUUCCUGAUUGUAUUAAACCACACACCACUUGAAUAUUGCUUUCUUUGGACUCAUAUCGGGCUAUUAAAACUAAAAAUAUGCAGUAAAGAGGCUCAAAAAUAAUAAUGUAAAAAGCACAUAAAGUAGCACAGUAGCUAACAGCAGCAAUAUGCUGACUGAAUGAGCACCAGAGAUCGACCACCCAGUCCACAGUGAGUGUGCUGCCGGGCACAAAAUGGCCGCGCUGCAAGAUGCACAAUGGGUGGAUGAACAGUUCGUACACUAAGACAAGCAUACUUGCCAACCCUCCUGAUUUUCCCGGGAGACUCCGGAAUUUCAGUGCCCCUCCCGAAAAUCUCCCGGGGCAACCAUUCUCCCGAAUUUCUCCGGAUUUCCACCCAGACAACAAUAUUGGGGGCGUGCCUUAAAGGCACUGCCUUUAGCGUCCUCCACAACCUGUCGUCACGUCCGCUUUUCCUCCAUACAAACAGCGUACCGACCCGGUCACAUAAUAUAUGCGGCUUUUACACACACAUAAGUGAAUGCAAUGCAUACUUGAUCAACAGCCAUACAGGUCACACUGAGGGUGGCCGCAUUAACAACUUUAACACUGUUACAAAUAUGCGCCACACUGUGAACCCACACCAAACAAGAAUGACAAACAAUUUCGGGAGAACAUCCGCACCGUAACACAACAUAAACACAACAGAAUUAAUACCCAGAACCCCUUGCAGCACUAACUCUUCCGGGACGCUACAAUAUACACCCCCCCCCCCACCCCACCCAACUCAAAUCCGUCUCCCCCCAUCUCCCGAAUUCGGAGGUCUCAAGGUUGGCAAGUAUGAAGACAGGGUUCGUACCACAAAGUGUAUUUUAUUCGCUCUGUGGUUUGUCAAUCAAAAAGUUUGUACAAUGAGGGGUUCGCAAAUCGAGGUUCCACUGUUUGUUUGCUCUUGAAAAUAUGUAACCAACAUAUCCUCGUGCGUACACAUUAGACCGCUUUCUACUGGACUCAAAUGCCAUUUUUUGUCGGAGGUUUAUGAUUAUUUCAUCACAUCUGCAGGGCCGACUCCUGGCAUGAAGACACCACGCGAUUGUUUCGUGGGCCACAGCCACAUGAUCAGACCAUGAUCAUGUCAAUUUACAUCAGCACUGUUGAAUGUUUUUUGUUACUAGUGACAUUUGGAGACUUUGAGAUUUGGUAACAUUACUGUAUUUUCCGGGCGAUAGAGCACACCGGCAUUUAAGCUGCAUCCUCCACAUUUUAGAAGAAAUAAAUAUAUUUGGAUAUAUUACCCGUACCGGACCAUAAGCCGCAGGAAUAUACCAGUACGAAUAAUAUUUGUAAAUGUUUAUUUACAUACCUUAGUUGUUUCAAAACGGUGCAUGUCACACGGCAGUAAAACGGCUGAUCAAACAAAACAGAAGUCAUCGUUAUGGACCAAACUGCGGAAGCUAGCUCUACAAUCAGCUAAACAGACUCAAUAACUCCACGGUAACGUUUUGGCGAAUUAACGAAACUGAAACAAUACAAAAAGAAUGCCAUUGUAAGUUAAUAAUACUAACACAGAUACUUGUAAACAUGUUAGCACAUUCGCUAAUAUUAGCGACGCUAGCACAUAAAAAAAACAUGCAUAAAAACACUCUGACAGACUUCACAUGGUUUUAGUAAGUAUGAAUUGUUUUAGUUGUAUUGUAAAACUUACAAACAUUGCUUGGAGUGACGAAUGAAGGACCCAUACAAGCAGAAACGCUAUGGACAACUACUUCCGGUUCAAGGAGCGAAACAGGAAGUACAUUUUCAACUCGCAGCACCUGCAGUGAGCGAACUCGUUCAAAAUAUGGCCCCAUAGCACAAACAAUAACACACCAUUUCUGUGUCUCUGUCAGUGUAAUAUGAGAUUAUUGUUGAAUACAAAACAUCAUGGUCGUUAGUGAAGAAAAAUCCAUAAAUUAGCCACAGUGUUUUAUUAGCCGCACGGUUUGAACUGGGGGGAAAAAAAUAGCGGCUUAUAGUCCGCAAAAUACGGUAAUAGUAAUAUUAAGGACCGAAAUAGGGCCACAAAAUUCUUAGAUCCGGCACUGCACCUCUAUCUCUACUUUGCAUGUUGUCCUUAAGAAGCAAAGCUAAAUAUAGAAGUAGGCUGUGAACAUGACAAGGUAGGGAUUGGUGUGGAUGUUUGCAGGUGAUUUUUAAGGUAGAAGAGUAAGAAAGGAGCUUUUUUUUUUUUUUUGAUGUGACUACAAGGAUUUAUUCCACCAGAGGCUGGAGCUUCAAGGCAAAACGCAGCAAGGCAGAAAAUAACAAUUAUGAGUAAUCCUCCGUGUUGGCGUCAGAUGUACGCACACAUGGUUACCAUGAACUUGAGGUUGUUUGCUUAUUCUCACUCAGUGUUUUUAUUUACUUUCUGUCUGCUUGUCGGCGCCGCUGCUAUUGUAGAUGAUGGUUCAAGCCUGAAGGCGGGGAAUGUGGAAAGCCAAUUAAGGAUUAAAAUAAAAGUCAAGUAGAGUAGUGCACAAUGCAGGUAUGAUGGGAUCACAAUAAAGCGCCAUAUUGAAUUAAACAUCUCAUAUCGAGUACAAAGAUACAAGAUUUAUUUGUACUAGAGAACAACAUCCUCUCAGCCAUCGAGGCAAGGAACAAGUCAAAUGUUAGGAAAACUGACAUACAGUACAGGCCAAAAGUUUGGACACACCUUCUCAUUCAGUGUGUUUUCUUUAUUUUCCUGACUAUUUACAUUGUAGAUUGUCACUGAAGGCAUCACAACUAUGAAUGAACACAUGUGGAGUUAUGUACUUAACAAAAAAAGGUGCAAUAACUGAAAACAUGUUUUAUAUUCUAGUUCCUUCAAAAUAGCCACCCUUUGCUCCGAUUACUUUUUCGCACACUCUUGGCAUUCUCUCGAUGAGCUUCAAGAAAUGGUUUUCACUUCAAAUGACUAUCGCCCCAUAGAUCUUCUGUGCCAGUGCAUUGAGCAAGUCAAACACUGGAUGUGCCAACAUUUCCUACAACUAAAUGAAGAUAAAACUGAGAUAAUUGUUUUUGGUGCUAAAAAAGAAAGGUUUAAAGUCAUCCAACACCUUCAAUCACUGUCCCUGAAAACCUCAAAUAAAGCCAGAAAUCUUGGGGUUAUUUUAGAUUCGGAUUUACAUUUCGACAGUCACAUCAAAUCAGUAACAAAAUCAGCCUACUAUCACCUCAAAAAUGUAACAAGACUUAGAGGGCUCAUGUCAGCUCAAGACUUAGAAAAACUUGUCCAUGCCUUUAUUACCAGUAGGCUAGACUAUUGUAAUGGUCUCCUUGCAGGUCUUCCCAAAAAAACUGUCAGGCAACUGCAGCUUGUUCAGAACGCUGCUGCUAGAGUUCUAACAAAGAUCAAAAAAUGUGAGCACAUUACACCAUUUCUUAAAUCCUUACAUUGUCUCCCUGUACAUCAGAUAAUUGAUUUCAAAAUCCUCCUGCUCACAUAUAAAUCACUACAUGGUCUAGGGCCGAAGUAUAUCACUGAUAUGCUCCCACUAUAUAAGCCCUCUAGAUCACUAAGCUCUUCUGAGACCAAUCUGUUAGCAGUUCCCAGAGUAAACUCAAAUCAAGGGAGAGCAUCAUUCAGUCACUAUGCAACAAAUAGCUGGAAUAAACUUCCUGAAGAUGUCAGACUUUCCCCAACUCUGACUACUUUUAAAACUAGACCGAAAACCUUUAUGUUCACCUUAGCUUUCAGCUAAAUCUUUUAACUUUUAACGUCCGCACUGUUUUUAUUUUUAUUGUCUGCAUUUUAAUUUUGCUUUUAUUUUCUUUCAUUUCACUUUGUGGUCUGUGAAGCACUUUGAGUCUGCCUUGUGUAUGAAAAGCGCUAUACAAAUAAAGUUGCCUUGCAACAGGUGUCAUACUUGUGAUGCCUUUAGUGACAAACUACAACGUAAAUAGUCAUAAAAAUAAAGACAACACAUUGAAUUGAGAAGGUGUGUCCAAACUUUUGGCCUGUACUGUAUAUGUAUUAUAUACAGUAUUAAAAUGGAAUACAGUGGUACCUUGGUGUUUGUUCCAAAAUGUACAACAAAAACUAAAUAAUAAUACAUUUUCCCAAAAUAAAUCAAGUAAAUCCGAUUUAAAUAUUAACACAAAACACAUUUUCUGGAGAAUAAUUUGAUUGAUUGAUUGAUUGAAACUUUUAUUAGUAGAUUGCACAGUACAGUACAUAUUCCAUACAAUUGACCACUAAAUGAUAACACCUGAAUAAGUUUUUCAACUUGUUGAAGUCCACGUUAAUCAAUUCAUGGUACAAAUAUAUACUAUCAUCAUAAUGCAGUCAUCACACAAGUUAAUCAUCAGAGUAUAUACAUUGAAUUAUUUACAUUAUUUACAAUCCGGGGGGUGGGAUGUGGAGGGUUUGGUUGAUAUCAGCACUUCAGUCAUCAACAAUUGCAUCAUCAGAGAAAUGGACAUUGAAACAGUGUAGGUCUGACUUGGUAGGAUAUGUACAGCGAGCAGUGAACAUAGCGAGUUCAGAUAGCAUAAGAACAAGUAUAUACAGUAGAAAUACAUUUGAUUAUUUACAUUUGGUUAUUUACAAUCCGGGGAGGUGGGAUGUAGAGGGGGUUGAAUUCGCCUGGAGGUGUUGUUUUAGUGCGGUUUUGAAGGAGGGUAGAGAUGCACUUUCUUUUACACCUGUUGGGAGUGCAUUCCAUAUUGAUGUGGCAUAGAAGGAGAAUGAGUUAUUAUAAUUAUAGUUAUAGUUUUUCAUGCAAAAAAACAAUGCAAAAACAUACAUGACAAAGGAAAUAAACAUUUAACAUAACUUUUACUUUAAUAGCAACUCUUGUUGGCAAAAAUGGCGAUGAGUGAAAAAUGAGGAAUUGAGAGUUCUUUACGGGGCAGCAUAGUUCGGUUGGUAGAGUGGCCGUGCCAGCAACUUGAGGGUUCCAGGUUCGAUUCCCGUUUGUCACUGCCUUUGUGUCCUUGGGCAAGACACUUGACCCACCUGCUCCCAGUGCCACCCACACUGGUUUAAAUGUAACUUAGAUAUUGGGUUUCACUAUGUAAAGCGCUUUGAGUCACUAGAGAAAAGCGCUAUAUAAAUAUGAUUCACUUCACUUACUGAAUUCAAUAGUUUGUCUCACCUUCUUUAUCAAAGUGCUGGCACUCAACUUUAUUUGACCCCAUGGUGGCUUAUUUUGCUAUGCAAGUUGAUCGGCUCAAUCCCAAUUCUCCACAUGAUCCAUUUCAUUGACCUCCGGUUUUGUGUGUUUACCUCAAUCAAGUGCUGUCCUAGUUCUCCUUUAAGGCCAAGGGAAGGGCUGUGUGCUUGGAGUAUAGCUUUUGAAACCAAGUGUGGUCCUGAGCACAUUCGUUAUGAAGCGUUAUGAGGCUGAGCAGCAAGCCAAUUAAUGUAUUAAUUAUAACCAUCAUUGAUUUUCAUAGUUCAUUUUCUUAGCAUGACUUGUUUUAGCACACAUUCAACCCUUUGCUACUCCACGUAAAUAUUGACAUGCUUUGAAAGUUGUUUUUAUUUUAAAAUCAGUCGUCAUACGAGCGGGCUAACGCAGCUGUAACUAGUGAACUCGAUACCCGCUUGGUCAUGUUUUUAGAUGAUUCCGUUCUUUAAUUUGUUUGAUAAUCAUCAAAUUCUCAGCACUGUCCUUCACACUCACUUUCUUCCUUUCAAAAAAUUGUGGCGAAGAUAUUAAUCAAAACCUGAAUCAUACGAAAAGCUGGGCGUACAAAAACAUAAUUAAUACAACAAUUAUAAGAAAAUACCGAAUAACUCGAGUAGUUGGAUGAAAUUGAUAUUAUCUGAUAUUAGGACAGAAUGCAAAUGCAGAAUAAAAAUAAAUAAACAUUGAAUGCAAUGGGGAUAAUGUGGGAUCUGAACCGAGGAUGUUGUUGUGGCUUGUGCCGCCCUUUGAGACACUUGUGAUUUAGGGCUAUAUAAAUAAACAUUGAUUGAUUGAUUGAUUGAUAAUAAGUGCUGACUCCUACCGUUUUUUUGAGGAUGAGUCAAGUGUUGCUCAGAGUGAAACGUUUGGUUUCAUAGACCUUUACCCCCAUAGUCUUCUAUCAACUAUCUGCUCUACAUCGGAAUGGUUGCCAAGUUUGGUAGUUUUAUAUUUCAAAACCUUUGUUGCACGUAAUGCCACGUCCGGUUACCGACUCGGCCGGCUCAUACACUUGGUGAGGAAACAAGCACUCAAGCCGCACUCGGAUAUAACUCAGUCGGAUUGCCUCCAGGCAAUGUUAGAUUUCCAUGCCAACAAAGCCAAGUAUGCCUGAUAGUAAACACCCGAACAUACAGUAAGGCACCACCUUUCUAAAAUGCUCUAGCUCGAUGCAAAUUAUGGAUUUGCCAUAAACGUGCUACUGUUUAAUUACCAAUUUUACAUGGGGAUUUUUAAACACUUCCAAAUUUGGUAAUGAAAACUACAUCUAAGGAGCAUGUUACCGCAGAUGCAUAACAAAUAUCAUACUUACAAUAUAAACACUUUUUAGGGCGCAACAAAAGACAACAUUCAGCUUAAUGGCAAAGACUACUCCCUGACACAUGAGGGGUCUUUGACCAAACAUUCAGAACAGUGGUGCCCAAACUAAAUGUGGCCCACGGGGCUGGAAAUCUCAUCUUGAAAUGAGCAUAUCCCGGCUGAACUACCGUUAUCAGUUAUAAACAGAACAUGAUUUAUUAAUGCCUUUUGACUUAUUAGGGCCAUUUAAUGAUGGCUUCACAUUAAAUUAUUACAUAUGGCACCUUUAAGUUUGAAUAUCCAGCGGUCUGACAGGUGUCAAAUUGUCACCUUUUUGUGGACAGUGUGAUAAACUGAAAUCAGUGUCCACGAAGUGUACUUUCUUAACAGCACAAGCACAGCAUUUACUUAUAUGACCCAAUCCAAACAACCUUUCCUAGUCAUUGUGCAGAAAAAAAUUCCACCAGCACAAAAAGUCAACACACAUAGUCACACAUAACACAACCUGCUCACUGAACUUUGUGGGGAAAAAACCUCCCUCCCCUUAAAAAAUUCGAAAUUACAACCAUUUAAUUCCAUUGCAAGGCAUGAUGGGACAAAAUGCAAAACACUCUCUCCACACUUAUCCAUGUUUGAGUUUUAGCUGCUUGAUAUUUCUGGUAGAUUACAAAGCUUUAAAGAGGUUGUCGCAGAAGUAAACAAGGUAGGAGUUGAACUUUCACAUACCCUCAAUAUUUAAUUAUAAUAAUUGAUAAUUGUAUAUCCAUUAUAUUAUUAUAAUACGUAAACACACGCACACACACACACAUUUAUACAUACAGUAUAUAUAUAUAUAUAUAUAUAUAUAUAUAUAUAUAUAUAUAUAUAUAUA